UGGCUGCGGCCCCUGGAGGAGGGGACGCGAAGUGAGGAGGGGGCAGGGAGGGGAGAGGACGCGGGCGAGGAAGACUGGUCCCCGGGCCCCGGUGCUCACACUUGCCCUCGGCCCUGGCUUGGCCCUCUGGGGGUCCCGCGUCGGAAAUCGAAGCCUCCCGCCAACAAAGACUCCCUGCCCCAGGAUUGCGGUGCCUGGGCCCCGGCCCAGAAGGCUUCCAGCGCUGGUGUUCAGUUUAUUUAUAGGUCUCUGGGAGUCCCCAUCCCAGCCCCAGUUCAGACGGUUGCCUCCCUUGCGCGCGCUCUCAGCUGCCGUCCGGGCCCUCGUGCUGACCACGUCCCCUGUGUCCAGGUGGAUGGAGCCGGAGGGGCUUUUCAACCCUGAGCAGCGACGUUGCAGUUUGGAACGCUGUGACUGUGACAGAGUCACUGGGGUUCGUACAUGUUGGGGAGGAGCCUUCCUUUCGGGGGUGACCACCUUCCUCUGGGCAUGCCUGCAGUACCCUGGGCCCAUGGACCUGAAGGAGAAGCACGCGGGCGAGGCUCCCUUGGCCCUGGGCCUGUCCACCCGGAAGGCCCUCAGCAUCCUGAAGGAGCAGCUGGAGGCGGUGCUGGACGGACACCUAAAAGAACGGAAGAAAUGUCUCACAUGGAAGGAGAUGUGCAGAAGCAGCUUCCUGCACCACAGUAACCGCUGCUCCUGUUUCCACUGGCCCGGCGCCUCGCUCAUGCUCCUGGCCGUGCUGCUGCUGCUGGGCUGCUAUGGGGGCCAGCCGGCUGGCAGCCACGGGGUGGAGCUGGUGAACGCCGCUGCGCUCUUCCUCUUGCUGCUCCUCAACCUCGUCCUCAUUGGGCGGCAAGAUCGGCUGAAGCGUCGGGAGGUAGAACGGAGACUCCGAGGGAUCAUUGACCAAAUCCAAGAUGCCCUCAGGGAUGGCAAGGAGAUCAAGUGGCUAGAUGCCAUGUACCCAGACCUCCACAUGCCCUUUGCACCAUCCUGGUCCCUACACUGGGCCUACAGAGAUGGACAUCUGGUCAACCUGCCAGUUAGCCUGUUGGUAGAAGGAGACAUCAUAGCUCUGAGGCCUGGCCAAGAAUCGUUUGCUUCUCUGAGGGGGAUCAAGGAUGAUGAGCACAUCGUCUUGGAGCCAGGAGACCUGUUUCCACCUUUCUCUCCGCCCCCCUCCCCCCGGGGAGAAGUGAAGAAAGGGCCGCAGAACCCCCAGCAGCACCGGCUCUUCCGCGUCCUUGAGACCCCUGUGAUUGACAACAUCAGGUGGUGCCUGGACAUGGCCCUGUCCCGCCCCGUCACUGCUCUGGACAACGAGAGGUUCACGGUGCAGUCAGUGAUGCUGCACUACGCGGUGCCCGUGGUCCUGGCUGGCUUCCUCAUCACCAACGCCCUGCGCUUCAUGCUGAAUGCCCCUGGUGUCACGACCUGGCAGUACACCCUCCUCCAGCUGCAGGUGAAUGGCGUCCUGCCCAUCCUCCCCUUGCUCUUCCCCGUCCUCUGGGUCCUGGCAACUGCCUGUGGAGAAGCCCGUGUCCUGGCCCAGAUGAGCAAGGCUUCCCCCAGCUCCCUGCUGGCCAAGUUCUCGGAGGAUACUCUGAGCAGCUAUACCGAAGCCGUGUCCUCUCAGGAAAUGCUGCGCUGCAUUUGGGGCCACUUCCUGCGGGUGAUCCAGGGGGCGUCUCCUACGCUGAGCCACAGCUCCAGCCUGCUGCACAGCCUGGGCUCCGUCACGGUCCUGUGCUGUGUGGACAAACAGGGGGUCCUGUCCUGGCCCAACCCCAGCCCGGAGACGGUGCUCUUCUUCAGCGGAAAGGUGGAGCCCCCGCACAGCAGCCAUGAGGACCUAACGGAUGAUCUGUCCACCCGCUCCUUCUGCCAUCCCGAGGUCGAGGAGGAGCCCCGUGAACGAGACGCCCUCCUGGCCGGCUCCCUGAACCCUACCCUGCACCUUUCCAACGAGCAGGAGCGCGGCAACUGGCCAGGCGACGGCCCCAAGGCCCCCGAGCCCUCCUCUCACCACAGAGCACACGGCCGCAGCAAACACCUGUCGGGCUCCAGCGUGAGCUUCAGCAGGGACACAGAGGGCGGUGAAGAAGAGCCCGGCAAGCACGGGCUGGAGGGCGAGCCCUAUGAAGCCGAGGACUUCGUGUGCGACUACCACCUGGAGAUGCUGAGCCUGUCCCAGGACCAGCAGAAUCCCUCCUGCAUCCAGUUCGACGACUCCAACUGGCAGCUCCACCUCACCUCCCUCAAGCCCCUGGGCCUCAACGUGCUGCUGAACCUGUGCAACGCCAGCGUCACCGAGCGGCUGUGCCGGUUCUCAGACCACCUGUGCAACAUCGCCCUGCAGGAGAGCCACGGCACUGUGCUGCCCGUGCACGUGCCCUGGGGCCUCUGCGAGCUCGCCCGCCUCAUUGGCUUCACUCCCGGGGCCAAGGAGCUCUUCAAGCAGGGGAACCACCUUGCGCUCUACCGCCUCCCCAGCGCCGAGACCAUGAAGGAGACCUCGCUGGGGAGGCUCUCCUGUGUCACCAAGCGGCGCCCCCCGCUCAGCCACAUGAUCAGCCUCUUCAUCAAGGACACCACCACCAGCACAGAACAGAUGCUGUCCCACGGCACGGCCGACGUGGUCUUGGAGGCCUGCACAGACUUCUGGGAUGGAGCCGACAUCUACCCUCUUUCGGGUUCCGACAGAAAGAAAGUGCUGGAUUUCUACCAGCGAGCCUGCCUGUCUGGUUACUGCUCUGCCUUCGCCUACAAGCCCAUGAGCUGCGCCCUGUCGUCCCAGCUCAACGGCAAGUGCAUCGAGCUGGUGCAGGCGCCCGGCCAGAGCAGCAUCUUCACCACGUGUGAGCUGCCCAGCACCAUUCCCAUCAAGCUGAGUGCCCGCCGCGGCAGCUGGAGCUCAGACGAAGGGAUCGGGGAGGUGCUGGAGAAGGAAGACUGCAUGCAGGCCCUGAGCGGGCAGAUCUUCAUGGGCAUGGUGUCCUCCCAGUACCAGGCCCGGCUGGACAUCGUGCGCCUCAUCGACGGGCUGGUCAACGCCUGCAUCCGCUUCGUCUACUUCUCUUUGGAGGAUGAGCUCAAAAGCAAGGUGUUUGCAGAAAAGAUGGGCCUGGAGACGGGCUGGAAUUGUCACAUCUCCCUCACGCCCAAUGGUGACAUGCCCGGCUCUGAGAUACCCCCCUCCAGCCCUAGCCACGCUGGAUCCCUGCACGAUGACCUGAAUCAGGUGUCCCGAGAUGAUGCGGAAGGGCUCCUCCUGAUGGAGGAGGAGGGUCACUCGGACCUCAUUAGCUUCCAGCCCACGGACAGCGACCUCCCCAGCUUCCUGGAGGACUGCAACCGGGCCAAGCUGCCCCGGGGCAUCCACCAGGUGCGGCCCCACCUGCAGAACAUUGACAAUGUGCCCCUGCUCGUGCCCCUCUUCACCGACUGCACCCCCGAGACCAUGUGUGAGAUGAUCAAGAUCAUGCAGGAGUAUGGGGAGGUGACCUGCUGCCUGGGCAGCUCUGCCAACCUGCGGAACAGCUGCCUCUUCCUCCAGAGCGAUAUCAGCAUUGCCCUGGAUCCCCUGUACCCAUCCCGCUGCUCCUGGGAGACCUUUGGCUACGCCACCAGCACCAGCAUGGCCCAGGCCUCGGACGGCCUUUCUCCUCUGCAGCUCUCGGGGCAGCUCAACAGCCUGCCCUGCUCCCUGACCUUCCGCCAGGAGGAGACCAUCAGCAUCAUCCGGCUCAUCGAGCAGGCUCGGCACGCCACCUACGGCAUUCGCAAGUGCUUCCUCUUCCUGCUGCAGUGCCAGCUGACUCUCGUGGUCAUCCAGUUCCUCUCUUGCCUCGUCCAGCUGCCGCCAAUCCUGAGCACCACCGAUAUCCUGUGGCUGUCCUGCUUUUGCUACCCUCUGCUGAGCAUCUCUUUGCUGGGGAAGCCCCCCCAUAGCUCCAUCAUGUCUAUGGCAACGGGGAAAAACCUUCAGUCCAUUCCUAAGAAGACCCAGCACUACUUCCUGCUCUGCUUCUUGCUCAAGUUCAGCCUCACCAUCAGCUCAUGCCUCAUCUGCUUUGGCUUCACACUGCAGAGCUUCUGCGACAGCUCCCGGGUCCGUAACCUCACCAACUGCUCCUCCAUCAUGCUGCCCAGCCAAGCCGACACGGCUCCAGCCUGGUUUGACGACUUCGCCAACGGGCUGCUGCCGGCUCAGAAGCUCGCCGCCGCCCUGACCGUCCUGCACACUGUCUUCAUCUCCAUCACCCACGUGCAUCGCACCAAGCCCCUGUGGAGAAAGAGCCCCUUGACAAACCUCUGGUGGGCGGUGACCGUGCCCGUGGUGUUGCUGGGGCAGGUGGUCCAGACAGCAGUGGACCUGCAGCUGUGGACACACAGGGACAGCCACGUCCACUUUGGCCUGGAGGACGUGCCUCUGCUGACGUGGCUCCUGGGCUGCCUCUCCCUGGUCCUCGUGGUGGUCACCAACGAGAUCGUGAAGCUGCACGAGAUUCGGGUCCGGGUCCGCUACCAGAAGCGACAGAAACUGCAGUUUGAAACUAAGCUGGGCAUGAACUCUCCCUUCUGAGCCACUGGCCGUGGUGGUCAUAGUUGCCCUGGAUCCUAGGGCUAAAGCCAGACCCACUUCUGAGUCUGGGGAGUUGAUAUCAUGAAUGUUUCAGGGUUUGCUCUUGCGCCCCAUGGCGUUGGAGGCCCAGCUCCCGGUGUCAGACCCAGCUGUCGUCCUGCCCCCGGGGAUUACUGAAGAGAUGCUGAGCUGUGGCCUUGGCGUCAGGACAGUCUGGCUCUUCCUCACCAGGGGGAGACCCUGGGCUCUUGAAUGUAUGACCUCGUGCGCCUAAUAGAGGGGCCCUCAGCCCCCGCCACCUGUGGGCCGCGCCCCUUCAGGGUCACCGAACGCAGCACCCUCUGCUCUUGGGUUUUCAGGCAGAGCCAUGAGCCGUGGGGCUGAGCUUCCACCUUUUGUGGGAGAGCAGCCGUGGGAGGUCUGAACAGCUCUCUGGGCCACUGUUGAAGGCAGGGGUGGUGGUCCAUCCUCCCUGUGCCCCUCUCAUCCUGUGUUCCUGGGGCAGGGGCCUGGAUUUGGUCCCGAGUACUUUCCCUCCCUUCCUCUGCGGGAGAGCCUCACACCGAGACCUGAAGAUGAAGCAGAGCCCCGGCCUGGCCCUGGAACCUCCUCCCGUGCCUGCCCUCAAGCUGGCGGAGAGAGCCAGUCCUGGGGUACGGCCCAGGGCUCCUUUCAGCCCCGGCCCUAGUUAUCCUGUGAGAAUGUUUUCACUGGUGUAUUAUUUUUUACUGGAAAUGAGCCUUUUAGGAAUGAAUACAGACUGGUUUGUAUUAAAACUGAUAAAUUCCUGAAGAAAAACCUGUGGCUGGUCCAUGAGGCAGCCACUAACGGACCUACCCAAGGCUUCGGCCAGUGACGGAGCCCCUCCGCAAAGGUGAGGAGGGGAGGGCCCAAGCCUUCCUCCUUGCACAUCAGUGGGAGCGCUCGGGUCCGGCUCAGGCGCGACCCCUGGCUCAGAGGUCCAUGGCGCAGAUCCAAACACACAGCCCGAUCACGUGGAAUGACACUUUCAUUGGUGUUAGUUGGGGGAAGAGGUUAAUGGUUACAGAGCCGGGGCCUGGGCCAACCAGGCUUCCAGCCCCAAGGUGGGCAGUGGGUGCUCUUGCUGUGGUCCGAAGCCCCUCCCCCACUGCGUCCUCUCAGGCAGUUAUAGAUAGAAUAAAUUCCAUUUAAAAUA